GUGACGAAGAGAGGAGACCAUGUUGAAUUAGCGUUUUGUAUGGAGUGAAUUUAAUCUAACAGUGACAUAAGUAAUUGAUCUGCCGCAAACAUUUAUGAUAUAUAACAUUAAAGUGAGAGAAAGGUGGAACAGGUUUGAGUUGCUGAAUACACCACCACGCACACACACAGCUACACACGUUGACAGAAGAGCUGAGAGACUCACCUGGAACAGAGGGGACAGACCGAAAGGAGCCCAAGGGGAACUUAAAGCUGCGUUGCUUUUGGACUACAGUUACCCUUGUUUGAUUUUCAACAUCAGGAAACUACUUUAACACGUGGAUGGACAUAUACAGACAGAGUGGAAAACAAAUGUUGAACAAUAAGGACAUUAUUAUUUUGAUGAAAUAUUUGUACAAAGGACAUCGAUGUUGAGCAAUUCAAAUGGACUUGACGCAAAACAAGGAAAUAAAAAUAUGUAAAUGUACGUUUGAACAAAGAUUAUAUUACAGAUGCUAUCCCCCCCGCUUCAAAUAGCAGGUCUAUUGCAGGAAUUAAACUAUUUGAUUCUUGUUCACAUAUAAUGUUCUAUAUUGUGUGCAGGUGCAGUAUAUUUAUGCAUUUGAAUGCAUAUAUCUCUUCAUUUGGGAGAGCUCUUGUAUAAAUACUUUUUUUUUUCAUACGGCAGUAAACUCUGUUGAAGGGGACCGAACUGCACGUACAUAUAUAUGUAAAAACGACAGACUUCUGUUGUAAAAGCUUUGGACAAAAAAACAAGAUAAUAUUUGUUAAUGCUUUAUUAGACUCAUCUUUUGAAGAGGCUUUUUAAGGGGGCAAAAAAACAGAAAAUAUUAAUAUUUUGAGAAUAAAAACAGGAAAGCGGAAAUGGCAGCUGCCAGAACAGAGAACCUUGGUCCUGUCGUCAUGGGACUAAACAAGCAGAACGGGCAGCUUAGGGGGCCACCUAAACCGGCUUCUCCCCAAUCAGGACCCCUCGUCCUGGGCUCUCUGUCAGACGAGGCCACAGGUGCAUCCCAGAAAGCGGGUGCUGCCCAGGAGGGAACUGGGAUUAGGUUUGGAGAUGACUGGAAAAAGAGCCUACAGCUCCCUCCCAAAGACACCAGGGUCAGAACCUCUGAUGUAACGUCCACUAAGGGAAAUGAGUUUGAGGACUACUGUCUGAAACGGGAGCUCCUGAUGGGCAUCUUUGAGAUGGGCUGGGAGAAGCCCUCCCCUAUCCAGGAGGAGAGCAUUCCCAUAGCCCUGUCAGGACGAGACAUCCUGGCCCGAGCCAAGAAUGGAACAGGGAAGAGUGGGGCCUACCUCAUCCCCAUGCUGGAGAGAAUAGACCUGAAGAAGGACUAUAUACAGGCCAUUGUGAUGGUGCCCACUCGUGAGCUGGCCCUGCAGGUUAGCCAGAUCAGUAUCCAGAUCAGUAAGCACCUGGGUGGCGUGAAGGUCAUGGCCACCACGGGCGGCACCAACCUGCGAGAUGACAUCAUGCGCCUGGACGAGACUGUGCAUGUGGUCAUAGCCACACCCGGCAGGAUCCUAGACUUGAUAAAGAAGGGCGUUGCCAAAGUGGAUAGAGUCCAAAUGAUGGUGAUGGAUGAGGCAGACAAGCUGCUGUCUCAGGACUUUGUAGUGCUCAUCGAGGAUAUCAUCAGCUUCCUGGCCAAGGGCCGUCAGAUCCUACUCUACUCUGCCACCUUCCCCAUCAGCGUGCAGAAGUUCAUGGCCAAGCACCUGCAAAAGCCCUAUGAGAUCAACCUGAUGGAGGAACUGACUCUGAAGGGCAUCACCCAGUACUAUGCCUACGUCACUGAGAGACAAAAAGUCCACUGUCUCAACACACUCUUCUCGCGGCUGCAGAUCAAUCAGUCCAUUAUCUUCUGUAACUCCACCCAAAGAGUUGAGCUGCUGGCCAAGAAGAUCACCCAGCUGGGCUACUCCUGCUUCUACAUCCACGCCAAGAUGAUGCAGGAGUACAGAAAUCGUGUGUUCCACGACUUCAGAAAUGGACUCUGCAGAAAUCUUGUCUGCACCGAUCUGUUCACCAGAGGUAUUGACAUCCAAGCCGUCAAUGUCGUCAUCAACUUCGACUUCCCCAAGAACGCCGAGACAUACCUGCAUCGCAUUGGAAGAUCAGGGAGGUUUGGUCACCUGGGCCUGGCCAUCAACCUGAUCACCUCUGAGGACCGCUUCAACCUGAAGUCCAUCGAGGACCAGCUGGUCACCGACAUCAAGCCCAUCCCUGGCAUUAUCGACAAGAACCUGUACGUGGCCGAGUUCCACACUGCCAACCUAGACUGCGAGGUGGAGGAGGAGCUGAAGGAGACAGGCUGCCAACAGGAGGAGCCCUAGAACCCCUCAACUGGACAAUAGGACAUGCCCAGCUUUUGCACAACAUUCAGCUCUUGCACACAGGCUUCAGGCACCUCUUCAACUUCUCUUUUCUCAACCUUCAAAACCUGGCACAUGGACGUUAAGGUCGAGUUGACUUUUUGCUGAUUUGUAUAUUCUGUUCUUAUUCCCCCUUGUUAUUUCAUUAAGAGCUGCCUGCAUUUUUUAAAAUUUAAAAUGGUUUAACCAUGUUGUUUUGCACCAAAGGUAGCUUGCCCAAUGUACACUGAAUGAGAUCAAUCAAUCCUUUUUUGGCUUAAGACAUGUAGGCUAAUGUUUUUUGGAUUGUAUCCUGGUAUUGCAAGGUAACAUAUCAGCUGAAAAACUUCAGCGAUAGGUGAGGAACAUUGUCUUAAAAAAAGUAAGAACCAUGCAAAAUAUUGAUCAAGUUGUACUGUUUCCAGCUGAAUAUGUCCACUUUUAUGGCCAGCUUUGGAGGAGGACAGGUUUGUGUCAUCAAAGACAUGAGGCCUAUUGUUAACCGUAGCAAUGACCACUAAGGGUAAAGAAAGCAUCAGAAUGUUGGAAAGCUCAUUCACUUACAUGCAUUUUUAGAUUAUAAUUAAGAUACUAUAUUUGUAGGUUUUAAACUUAUUAAUAAAUUCACAAAUGGUUGGAUAAUAAAUCCUUUGCUACAGCACUACUAAUAUCCAACUUCGACUUGAAUAACUUAUCUUCUGUACUACAUACACUGAGCGUACAAACCAUUAGCAACACCUUCCUAAUAUUGCGUUGCGCCCAAUUUUGCCCUCAGAACAGCCUCAAUUCGUCGGGUUUCGAAAGCGUUACACAGGUAUUCUGGCCCAUGUUGACUCCAAUGCUUCCUACAGUUGUGUCAAGUUGGCUGGUAGGUCCUUUGGGUGCUGGACCAUCCUUGAUACACACGGGAAACUGUUGAGUGAGACAAACCCGGCAGCAUUGCAGUUCUUCACACACUCAAACCGGUGCGCCUGGCACCUACUACCAUAACCCGUUCAAAGGCACGUAAAUAUUUUGUCUUGCUCAUUCGCCCUCUGAAUGGCACACAUACACAAUUCAUGUAUCAAUUGUCUCAAAGCUUAAAAAUCCUUCUUUAACCUGUCUCCUCCCCUUCAUCUACACUGAUUGAAGGUGACAUCCAAUAAGGGAUCAUACAGUAGCUCUCACCUGGAUUUACCUGGUCAGUCUGUCAUGGAAAGAGCAGGUGUUCCUAAUGUUUUGUACACUCAGUGUAUAUAGUUAGCUGGGUUAUCAAAAUAAUGCCUGUAUUGGAAAAUAGCUACAUAGAUUGAUGGCUUUAGGUUGCUUAAAAGUGGUCAUGUUCAAAACGAGGAGCUUGAGUCAUGUACACUUUCAGAGGUGCAGUCAGUCCCGACCGUAAAAUAAAUGUUUACGGUAGGUUAUUCAAACCUGAUUUGAAACCGAUGACAACUAGCUGGCUCAGGUCUUAGAAUUGCACACAAAGUAAUGUUUUUUUUUUUUCAACAAUAUUUCUGCUGAUUAAAAGUAACACUGCUUGUGCCUUGCCUCAGGCUACUGUAGCUAGAGUUACCUAGGUAUACAUGACAUGCAUGUCACGAGACAAAAUAAAUUUUUUGUUUAUCUCAAAUUACGGAGAUGCAAAUGCCUGUGGUAGUGUUCCCACUCACACUAGAUAGAAAACCACCAAACGUAUAUUUUUACAGUGGUACACCACACCUUCAUUCAUACAGUUGUAUUGAAUUACUAGUAUUUCACUAGCUUUGAUACGUAGCUUGAAAUUAUUGGUCAACGUUUGUUUUGUUUUUUAUUCAACAUAGAGGCCCACACAUCAGACAUCAACUCAGUUAUAGAUAUAAUUCAUUAUUAUAUGAAAAUAAAAACACUUUUAGCCAUUUAACACUAAAAUGAAUGCAUUUCAACAAGAGAUUCCUUUUUCUUUACCCUUUGUGGGCGGGACCAAAGCGGUUGCCAGGGACACAAGGCCCAAACGCGUUCACACAUUUAAACCGGUCUUCCUCCAUUGUAGAGACAAGAUGGACUCUUUUAUAUUGGCUCGUUCACACUAGCCAUCUUGCCCGCUUACAUUCACAUGCCUUUUGCCACUCAAGUGCCUUAAUUACUCUCCCACGUGCUCUCUUAUCAGUUCAUCCAUCUGUCUUUCUCUCACACAACAGACGGAAUACAAACACAAUUAAGCUGAAUUGUAACAUUGGUUGAUUCAGAUAUAUGCAAGUAGAAUGUUCGUUGUGCACUGUCCUUCUAGGGAAUCUUGUUCAUGUUCUAGAUGCUCAAUAAUCAAGGCUCAAACUCUGACUGACAUCAUCUAGAAUGCCAAAGUACAUUUAAUGUAAACUUUGCAAUAAAAAAGGGCAGCUUUUACUUAGA